AUGGUCAGUCAAGCAGCCAUGCGAGGCCAGCGUGUGGUGGAGAGCGAGUGUCGGUGCUGGAACCCGGCCGUCUGGGUCCUGGUGUCCCUGCUGGGAUCCCUCGUCUUGGUCGCCGUCAGUGUGCUGCUGCGACUCGGAGACAUGAAGAUAAACAGACGGGCUGUAUCUGUACAACUGGUGAAUGGUAAUAACAGGUGUGAGGGGAGGGUGGAGGUGCAAUACAAUGGCUCGUGGGGCACAGUGUGUGACGACGACUGGGACAUGGUGGAUGCCAACGUGGUGUGUCAGCAGCUGGACUGUGGAGUGGCUGUGGCGGUGGGCAGCAGCUCUCACUUUGGACAGGGCACAGGGCUCAUCCUGCUGGAUAACGUGGACUGCAGAGGAAGUGAAACAGACCUCAGCCAGUGCCGUAGUCUGGGCUGGGGCGUCCACAACUGCUACCACUAUGAGGAUGUGGGUGUCACCUGCAGAGUGGUGGGGGCAAAAGGUUUUGAGGAUCGCACCACACCGCCCCGGGAGAGCUCUGGUUUACGAGAUGGCACCAUCCGUCUGAUGAAUGGACAAAACGCCUGCCAGGGCCGGGUAGAGAUCUACUACCAGGGAAACUGGGGGACAGUGUGUGAUGAUGACUGGGUCCUCAACAAUGCCCGGGUGGUGUGCCAACAGAUGGGCUGCGGUAGCGCCGUCUAUGCACACACCAACUCCUACUUUGGCUACGGAACCGGCCUCGUCCUCCUGGACAACGUCCACUGCCUCGGCACCGAACAGGAACUGACUAAGUGCAAAAGCCUGGGCUGGGGCAAGCACAACUGUGGGCACCAUGAAGACGCUGGGGUCACCUGCACCGGAUCCACUACUGAAUCUCCCCUGACAACAGCAAACCAGGGAGAGCUCACAGCAACAUAUAACACUGAAGGCAAAGAAAUCAUUCGAGUGAUGAAUGGUAACAAUAGCUGCCAGGGUCGUGUGGAGGUCCUCUACAGAAAUGUUUGGGGGACAGUGUGUGAUGAUGACUGGGACAUGCACAACGCCGUCGUGGUGUGUAGGCAGCUCGGCUGUGGCCCCCCUAACGCGGCCAAGACCCAGGCCUACUUCGGCUACGGCCUUGGGCCGAUCCUGCUGGACAAUGUGGAAUGUAGCGGCUCAGAGCUGGAGCUGUCCCUGUGCUUUCACCUGGGCUGGGGUCAGCACAACUGUGGCCACCACGAGGACGCUGGAGUUAUCUGCGCACCUUUUGAUAACCAAAUUGUAAAUGGACGUGCCUUCGGAGUAACAGAAACGAUGCCCACCACCACCACCACGCAACCCUCUGAAGGAACGCUGAGGCUGGUGGGCGGCCAGCACCAGUGCGAGGGUCGGGUGGAGAUGUACUCAAAUUCUGAAUGGGGCACAGUGUGCGAUGACGCUUGGGACCUUCCUGACGCUCAGGUUGCGUGUCACCAGCUGGGCUGCGGAGAGGCCACGGCGGCUCGGGUGGAAGCUUUCUUCGGGCCCGGCACGGGAACAAUCCUGAUGGACAAUCUUAAGUGCACGGGUACGGAGGCCUCCCUGCAGGAGUGCUCCCAUAUAUCCUGGAACGUGCACAACUGUGACCACUCUGAAGAUGCUGGCGUCACCUGCUCACUGUCGUGA